AUGUUCGGAGCAUUUAAGUCAUCGGUAAUCGUACAAGGUGGCUACUUGUGGAAAGUGGCACCUAGAAUGUCACCGCCCCAAAAAUUGAGGUUGAGGAGAAGAAUGAAAAUGGUUGACAACAACAUAGAGAUAUUAUUUAACUCUUUGAAAACUGUGGAUGGGCAGACUGGAUACAAUAAGAUUGACUACUUGAAAUUUCAGCUUCCCAAAGAACAUGAAAUGACACCUAGAAAUAAAUAUACAACCUUCGACAAGAAAGAAAAGGAUUAUCGCAAAUCAGUCCACAGAGUACCCAAAUGGACCAAGUUAUCCUUCAGGGAAAACCCUAAAUACUAUUAA